AUGACUUCUCCAGUUCUCGUUUUCGGCCCCACUGGAGGGGUGGGUGGCGCUGCUGCCAUUGAAGCACAUAGGCGCGGUGCCACAGUCUAUCUCGCUAUGCGGGACACGAAGAAAGAAUUGAAGGGAAUUGAAGGAGACGGAAACAACUACGUCCGCGUUCAAGCUGAUUUAGCCAAGCCCGAGACGAUCAAACACGCCGUCGAGACGUCCGGUGCAAAGACAGCCUUUGUGUAUGUCGUACAUGAGAUCCAGGACGGCAUGCGACGCAGCUUCGAAGCGCUGAAGGAGUCCGGUAUAACAUAUGUUGUACUCUUGUCUUCGUUCAAGGUCGAAGAUCCCCUAACCUCGGAUACCAACAAGAAGGACAAGAUAGCCGCUUUCCACGCUGCGGCUGAAGGCGCACUGAGAGAGACGGGCAUCACAUACACGGCCGUACGACCUGGGUGGUUCAACACCAACAUAUUUUGGAACCUUGGAGACAUUGAAAAGGGCGAAGUCGAGCUCCUCUAUCCCAACGUAGUGUAUGACUACCUCGCCCCUUCAGACAUCGGCACGGUGUGUGGUGCACUUCUCACAGUGCCACGUUUUGAGAAGGAAGCGGGGCAGUCGAUCUAUUUGUGCGGUCCAAAGAUUAUGAACCAACGUGAAGGCUUUGGUGUUGUUAGCAAAGCAUUGGGGAAGGAGAUCAAGAUCAAAGAGAUUGACGAGGAUAGGUAUUUCGAGAAGUUUGGCUACAUUCCCAGGCCGAUACUCGACACGCUGGUGCAGGGGAUGAGAGAAAGCAACGCGGGAAGCGACGCUUAUAGUAAGAUCUAUGAGAAAGCCGUGGAAAAUGUGAGGAAGUACACAGAACGGGAGCCGACACAGUUUGAAGAGUGGGUGAAGGAGAACAAGGCGUCAUUUGCGUAG